AAAGUUUAAAAUGGUGCUGGUCUUACAACGUACAAAUUAUAUAUACAAAAUAAGAUAAAAUUUCCCUGUGUUUAAUAAAAAAUGCUUUGAGAAAAAAAGUACAAACCUAAAAUACCAAAACAUGAAAGAUAAUCAAAUAAAUGAUAAAAUAAAUCCAUGUUUAAUGUUAAGCCACGAACAGCCAUUUCUAUAUUUAUUACUGUAAAAUCUAAUUUAGGAAUUCAUGGCAAUUGUUAUCAAGCUAAGCCUCACAAAAUAUACAACCACAACAAACUAUAACAAAAAUAGACCAAAUUAAAACAAAUUAACUGAAUCAACACUCACAAAUUUCUUUAUAUAAAAAUUUCAUUAAAAUUUGUAUUAAACCCCAAACCCAACCACCCUCUCCUUAAUCUCAUCACAUAUUACAGAGAGACCUGAGAAAGAAUAACCAAAUAUAUAUAUUUUUUCAAAAUUAUAAUAAUAAAAAAAAAAUUCCAAAUAUUAUUAUUGUUUGGAGUUAGUAUAGAUUUUUUUUUUUUCUAGAAAGAAAAUUUAUUAUUUUUUAUUAUUAUAUAAAAUAUGGCUUUCAACGUGUGUAAAUCUUUCUCAAUGGUCUUUCUGGGAAUGGCUAUUUUAUUAGUUUUAGCCGGCCCAGCCCACGGCCGUCGGCUCAGCCGUAAAGGUCGUAGCUCAGGCGGCGAUAUUUGCCGUGGAGCCGACUACCCAGCCGUAUGCCGAGCCGCCGUUAAGGGCCAGAAGAACCCGUUCGUGGCCACACAAGUGGCGUUAAAGCAAUUGAUUUCGUCGACUCAGGGUGCGAAAAAAUCGGCGUCAAAAGGGGGAAAAGGGUCACAGGUUCUUGGGAUCUGUAAAGAAAAUUACGAUGAUGCCCUUGAUAAUCUACAGUCAAGUUUGAACAAGAUGAGGGCCCACGAUAAGGGCAGUUUUAAUAGCUACGUGUCAGCGUCACUGACCGAUUUUGUCACGUGCGACGAUGCGUUUUCGGAAAUGGGUAUUACUUCACCGCUCUCCAAAAACAACGCAAGGCUCCGCCGAAUGGCAAGUAAUAUCUUGUAUUUAGCCACUUUGUGGCGCUAAAACACCUAAUGGGCUUAGGAUAUUGGGCUUGGGCCUCAAUUUGGGCUUUCAUUUUUUUUUUCUUUUUUUUUUAAAUUGAAUUUCUUUUAUUUAAAUGUUUUUUUUUUUGGAAAAAGAAAAAGUGUUUAUAUAAUGAAAGAAGAAGAAGAAGAAGUGGUGCUACAUUUGUUUGUUGUGUUAUUGGGGUGGGUUUUAAUUAAGACUUAAAAGUGGGGUGAUCGUGUCUAUAAUUAAUUAUAUUUAUUAUCUAUUUUUGUUUACUAAUAUUAAA